GUGGAUCUCCGUCAGUCAGUCAGGCAGUGAAGGGUUAAUGUUACUGUACAGAUACAGGACUGUGAGCUGGUGUCUAUAGGCUGCUCGUGUCCACUCGCUCCAUUACUCGCUGCAUGCUACUCUACUUUCCCCAUUCCCACAGUGAGCACCAAAGAAGAGCUCUGCACCUGCUCUGCAGACACCUUCCAGCAUGGAUGCGUUAAAAUCCGCCGGGAGAGCAAUAAUCAAAAGUCCCGGAGUUCCGCGGCACACAUGGGGAACGUCCAAGCAUGAAAAGCUUCCAGAGAACUGGACGGACACCAAGGAGACACUCUUGGAAGGGAUGGUGUUCAAUGUGAAGUAUCUGGGCAUGACUCUGGUUGGCCAGCCUAAAGGAGAAGACAUGGCAGCGGCUGCUAUCAGGAGGAUUGUAGCCACGGCUCGGGCCAGUGCAAAGAAGUUUCGGAAAGUGACCCUCACUGUCUCCCCCAAAGGAAUCAUCAUCUCAGACAUAGAGACCAAUGACCUCAUCGAGGAUGUUUCCAUUUACAGAAUAUCUUACUGCACAACAGACAAAACUCAGGAUAAGGUCUUUGCCUACGUCUCCCAAAGCCAGUUCAACGAAACUCUGGAGUGCCAUGCCUUCCUGUGCCAAAAAAAGAAAAUAGCUCAGGCUGUGACUCUGACAGUAGCACAAGCUUUCAAAGUAGCUCUGGAUCUGUGGGAGAUCGCACAGGAAGACAAAAGUAAGAGAACCCGCACAUGCUACACCUGUUCAGACCCUGAAUCUCAACCUGAAUCUGAAGCAAACAGUGUUUCAGAGGAGGAGAAGACUCGAGCUCUGAUGGAGCACAGACUUAGGAAGCCCUUCUUCCCUUCCUUCCUUUCACCAUCUCCACGCAGCAAAGCUAGGAGACGACCAAUCAAACACGACUCCUGGGAUGCGGAAGAUGGCCUUGAUGAAGCGUUUUCAAGCAAUAUGGAGGUGGAGGAGAUGGACGCAGACUGGCAACAUCCCGCAGCAGAACCGUGUCUGAAGAUGCAGCUGUGAGUCCAGUGGAAGAAGAUCUCCUGUCCUUCAACAGCGAGGAUUCAGACUGAACACACACACACACAUCACUCUCACCAGCCUAUCAGAAAGUGUCCUGAACACACAGCACACCCCAGCACUGCACACAACAUGCAACGUAUGCCUCAGUGAUGGACUCAUUUACACAACUGCCACUAAAAACGGCAACAAUACCACAAAACAGCAGCAUAGACGUGCAUGAUUCAACUGUAGAACUCUUGAAUGCCAAUGUACUUGCAUUAUAAUACUGUAAGUUCAGGGUAAGUACUUGACAAUUCAACAUGUGUGAUACUGCAUCUUGCUAUAUUGUAUUCAAGCGUUUGUGUAAGUAGAAUUGCUACAAAUACCAUGUAAAAAGUGUAAAUCUUUUCAACACAUCGGUGCUAUAUUUAGAUACUUGGGUUAUAUUAUUUAAAUAUACAGUAACUGCAAACAUGUACUUGAAAGGAAGACCAAAUGUACAUUCCACAAAGAAAACAGUUGUCCGUCCUUCAGCCCAGCGUUCUUCAAGUCGAGUGUGAUGAAACAUCAGAGCAGGUACAGUACUGGAGCCGCAUGUGUUAGGGAGUUGUAGUGAACGUUUGCAAAUAUAAGGAUGUAGAAUUGUUCAGGACUCACAUUCUGAAGCACUGUAAUUCAAUUUCAGAUACAUGUUUUGGGUCAGGGUGACAUUUGUUUAAGCAAUCAUUACAGAAACUCUUUUCUGUGACCAUAUUUUACAAAGGCCUCAAAACACUUCUGAAUUUCCUUCUUUAGGGUCUAAAAUAGUCUUGUGUAAAAUGCUUUCACACUGGCUUCCAGCCACAAGUGUUAGAUUUAUUAUUAUUAUUAUUGCCAUCAGUGAAACGUAAUUGAUGUUAAUUAUUUAUUAAAUAUAUGCAACUUCAUACGUUUACGGACAUGGGUUUUUAUUUAUUUUUUCCUUUUCUUAAAAUGAUGUCAAAAUCAUUAAUGAUUUGGUAAAAAAUAAACCAUAUUCUGCCCAACAGCUGUUGAAUAGAAAAGGCACAACAAUUUAUAGCUUACGUUUUUUUCUGUAGGUUCUGCUAUUUCUUGGCUUUAAAGGAACUAAAGAAUAUUACACUUUGCCUCUCAGAAAUGAAAAUUAAUCAUUUUCCCAUGAGUCCCAAUCAGUCUCUAGCAGCUAGUGUUACUGCCAUUCUGCCCUUUUUACCUUAUAUUAAAAUCCACGCUCAGAAAUCCCUUCAUUAUUCUCUGAAAUCAUUAAAAGCUCAGUCUUUGAGCCUCCGUGGCUCUGUCAGCUUUUUGCUCUUUUGUGCAUUUUUGAAUAUGCAGUAUUUCCGCUCAGUAUUACAGAUAAAAAUUUUUUUAACCAUUUUCUUUUCCGCUGGAAGUGGAAUAAGUUUUAUUUUAAUAGAAUAUAUACUUGUAAUAGCAGUGUCUGCCUUAGCUAAAGGUCUUAGUUCAGUGGUGUUCUGAUUAUUUUGAUGUAUCAUUGAAUCUGUCAGUGGGUUAAUAAAAAAAAUGUUUGUUCUAAUUUUACAGUUUAUGCAUUUCACAAAAAAAAAUUACAAAUAAUAAUAAUCACUGUUUUCUGUGGAAGGAUUUGGGACACUUUCAUUGUCUUUAACAUUUGCAAAAGCCGUAGUAAAAACAUUUUUUAUUAUGUCAUCAUAUCUGAAAUGAUAUUGUUCAAUCAGUAUAUACAAUUGUGCGUGAUUUUAUUAUGUGUUUUAUUUUGUUUUUGUUUUGUUUUUUUUAUAGUAAAAUUUGGUGCUUUAUACAAAUCUAUGCAAUCUGUGUUUGGCUUUGUAAACAUACUAAUCUAUAUUAUUGAAACCAUCAUCAUAAUGAUCUGAAGAGGUCAUUUGCAUAUAUACAUACACAUUGGUUGAUAUAUAAUACUGUGUAAUAAAAUAUUUGUUCAAAAACACAGUAGUCUCAUAUCUUGUGAUUUUAGCAGUUAAUGAAAAAAUUGUGCUAUUAAUAUAUUUCUAUAUCGAGACAAUGUAGAUUUGAUUAAUUCUCUGAUGUCUUGACAAUGUAAAUGAUUCUUAAUGUACUUUGUUUGGUGGUUGAAUGCACCAAUAAAUUACUUCUCACUU